AUUUUGAAAAUUCCUGGGCUCAAUUCUGAAGUUAUUUCAGAGGUUAAUAUAAUGAAGUCGCAGGACACUUCAGUAUUUAAGCCGUUACAAAUAGACCCAAAAGAUUUAACUCCAAGUCCUAUGGGCCCAGAAGAACGAAGUUCUUCAUAUUUGUGUAAAAGAAUGUAUAAAUUUGAAGAAGUUGCUUGUUAUAAUCCCAAGAUUGCAAAUUUUGAUGUAGCUCGUAAACAAAAUGAACCCACUAGUCAAAUCCCUGAUCUUAAAAAGGUUGUACGUUGGAUGGCUCCUGAAAAAAUAAAAGGCGAACCUUAUACUACACGUUGUGAAAUUUUCAGCUUUGGAAUGUUGCUUUGGGAACUCACUUAUGAAAAAGAACCUUAUCAGGGUAUUGAUAGCUUCGAAGAAAUUAAAGACCUUGUUACGAAUGGUUUUAGAGAAAAAAUCUCUUUUGCUCCUACGCAGGAUCCAAAAAUAAAGGAAAUUCAACAAACAUUUGAAUAUAUUAUGAAAACAA